CACAAGUUCGAUGCAGUCAGUGCAGACCGCACCCGUCCUGUCACCGGCGACACAAUGAUUGUUUGGGUGUUAUUUUGUCUAUUUUUAUCGUGUGUCUCGGGUUUGGGCCAGUCGCAGUUAUACGGUGAUGAAUUCCACGAGGAGUUACUGCUAAAACAGUUGCCCAGUGGCCAUGUCUACUCCUAUUUCCAAUUCACAACUCUGUGGGAAAAUGGUGGUGAUGAGCCCAAUCAUCACUGCCACCUCUUUCCUCAAUCAUUGUCUGAAGUCUUACAUUUAUACGAUGUAGAUGAGAUGCACCUUAGUUUGACAGGCGGCCUGUGGCGACAUGAAAAUUGGGGAUAUCCUGUUGUUAGUGCCCCUCCUGGAGCAGAGCUUUGGGCUUGGUUCAAGGAAGGAACUGAAGAUGUGGACAAAAAAUGGACACUUCUCAGUAAUGCCCUUUCUGGAUUAUUUUGUGCGUCCCUAAACUUUAUCAAUCCCCAGCAAAGUUUAAACCCUAAGUAUAGCUUUACUCCAUUGGGUGCAUAUGCCUCAGCUUCUCAGAACAGAUCUCUUCUACGUUAUUCAACUUUACCCAGGGAAAUUGUUUGCACAGAGAAUUUGACUCCAUUCAAAAAGUUACUGCCUUGUGAUUCUAAGAAGGGAUUGUCAUCUCUUCUAAAUGCAGGAAAUAUUCAUAAUGCUAACUAUCACUCACUAGGUAUCCAUGUAAGACCUCAAUGCAAGGAUGUACACUGUCUUCAGACUGUUCUUGAAUUGAAACAGACUGUCUCUUUAGUGUAUGAUUUAAUUAUACUUGGUCCUGAAAGUCGAGAUUGGUCUUUUAGAAAGUUGUUUGGUGUUGGCCUUGCUGGCUCGUGUCCACUGGCAACCACUAGCAAAAUAUAUGUUGACACUAGCUCCAAUGGGACCUCAUCUGUUUAUACCUUGACUCCUGAUCCUACUGAGUUUAUAAGUAGUACUCGAGGUGGUUACAACACUUUGUUUGCUGUUUAUGAUAUCAAGAAAACAAAUAUUAUUACUAUGUUCAGCAUAUCAAGUACUCACAAAGGACCUCGGGUGCAAUCCCUUAAUAGUCCACCUGUUUUGCAUGCCACCAGAUAUAUUGUUGGAUAUGGUCAAGAGCAUGGUGGUAUUGUCACAAAGGUGCACAAUAAUCACUGGAAAGAUAUGGACAUUAUACUUUUUGAAAAUAUUCCCUGGUUUCUUCCUAUUUAUUAUCACACCUUAAAAGUCACAGCUAAUGGAGGAAAGCAAGUACUUACCCCUUAUAAAAAGCACUACAUACCAGGGCGGGAUCGUAGUAGACCAUAUGCCCUGGAGCUUGUAGUUACUCUCCCACCUCGCUCUGUAACAGAAAUUUAUGUGGAGUUUGACUACAGCUUCUUGAAAUGGCAGGAGUACCCUCCUGAUGCAAAUCACGGUUUCUAUGUGGGUGCUGCUGUGAUUACUUCUAUCCUCCCUCACACCAAAAACUACACUGGUAUUCCCAUUGAUGGAUCGACAUUUUCAUCAAGUAUUAAUGCUUCACGGGACUCAUAUCCAGUGACUCUUCACACUGAAAUUUUACUGGUUACGCUUCCUACUCCUGAUUUCAGUAUGCCAUACAAUGUGAUUUGCUUAGCAUGUACUGUUGUUGCCCUUGCUUUUGGACCUUUACACAAUCACACAACAAAGAGGUUGCAAAUGUUGGAUCCAUCAGAAGAGACAAAAGGUCUAUUAACCACUUUACGAAUGAGGCUUAAGUCUUUCUUAUGCAAAAGCUCUGAAAAGAAAGAAGAAACCCCUGUAGAAACCAAAAGCAGCAAAUCAAAAACUAAAGAAUCACCCCAAGAAGAGAAACUUUGUGAGAGUAAACCAAUCAUCCGUAAAAAAGUAAAAGCCUCAAAGUCAAGCUCAUAAUAAUUUUUUUCUCAUUUUUAUAACAUUUUUUUAAACUAUGAAAUUAAAAGUUGUAACUGUUAAUGGAUAAGCAAGAUACUGUGAUGACCAGUUAAUGGUGAUGUAUUUGUUAUGUAGCUUGCUAUUUUAUGGAUUCAGUAUUAGUAUAUAUUUACCUUUGUACAAAAUUAUAGACAAUGUGAUUGUAGGAUGUUAUAAUUGUUCAUAGACCUAAUACUGCAUGUAUGCUGCCAUUUCUGUUUUCCAUUCUUCAUCUAGUCACAUUCCUUGCAAGGAUGGUGAAUUUUGUAGAAGACUAGAAAAAGUCGCUUAUAUUGUAUUGGCUGUCUGUUAGACAACCUUUGGUAUGUAACUUGACCAGUAGCAAUAAAAGUAUUGGACUGAACUGUA